AUGUCGGUUCCCAAGGCAGCUAUCCCCAGUUUGAUCCUUCAUGGUACGGACCACUCAUCUGUCAACGCCAAAGAAGUCGUGUUCGGCUGGUUCUCAAAGCUAGAGAAAGUGAUAGAGUCUGGCAGUUACGAUCGGAAAGACGACAUCUUCUUAAAUGACAGCUGGUGGAGAGAUGUAGUUACGCUCUCUUGGGCCAUCCGGUGCCUGCACGGAGAUCAAAUCACGGAAUGUCUAAAGCAGGCUCAUGAGGUUAAGCUUUCAGACUUGAAACCUGCGACGAGUGGCGUUCUUGUUCCUCAGCUGGUGGAUAUGGGGCCGUUCACACUUGUUGAGACUGCAUUCACGUUUCAAACUAAGUACGGCUCGGGCUCUGGAUACUUGCGGCUUGGGAACACCGCACCGGGCACGUGGAAAGCAUGGAUAAUUCUCACAAAGUUGGAGGAGUUGAGAGGCUAUGAAGAACUCCAUAAGCUUAGUGCCGGCCCGAACUGGUCUUCGCCCUCGGAUGACGCGAAGUACGAGUCGAUGUCUCAGCAGAGACCCCGAGUUCUUAUUAUCGGUGCUGGACACAGCGGUUUGUCCUUGUGUGCCAGGCUGAAGCAGUUGGGAGUACCAGCUUUGCUUGUGGAUAAACUUUCCCGGGUGGGAGAGAGCUGGAGACGUCGAUAUAUGAAUCUGACUUUGCACGACCCGAUCUGGGAGAACCACAUGCCAUAUCUUAAAUUCCCCGAAACGUUUCCAACGUGGGUGCCUAGAAAGCAAAUUGCCGACUGGCUUGAGCACUAUCAAGCAAUUAUGCAGCUUCCUAUUCGACUGAAUACCACAGUCACGGAUGCAAAAUGGGACGGAAAAGAGAAACUCUGGACUGUCCACCUGGAGAAGGACGGGACUCAAACCUUCUUGAAAGUUGCUCAUGUCGUGCUGGCGACGGGUUUCCAUAGCGACACGCCGUACGUGCCUCCUUUUGAAGGACUGGAAGAGUUUAGGGGACCGAUCGUUCACUCGACCCAGUAUAAGACGGCUUCGGAAGUCCCAGACUACGAGUCCAAAAGGUGGAUUGUUAUCGGUUCAAGUUCAAGUGGGCAAGACAUAGCGCAGGAUUUAGCUGAAGCAGGAGCAGAUGUUACCAUGCUGCAACGCGACGCGAACAUGAUUUACUCGCUGAAUUCGAAGGUCAAUGUCGUUGGGGCGGCAUACUGCAAACCUGGUAUUUCAACAUCCGAAGCUGAUAUCUUAGCGGCCAGCAUGCCAAUCCCUGUUGCUGCCACAUUGAUGGUAGGGGCCACUCAAAUGAUUUAUCAAAUGGACAAAGAACUCCUCGACCGGGUGGGAAAAUCGGAGUUUAAAUUUCUUACGGGAGUCGACGGCCGAGGACUUCUGGAUCUAAUCCUGACGAAAGGGGGCGGCCAUUACCCGGACCAAGGCAGCUUGAAAUACAUUGCAGAUGGAACAAUCAAGGUCAAGCAAUGUUACGACGGCAUUAAACGUCUGACUUCGAAAGGUGUUGUUCUUGCAGACGGACGUGAGAUAGAGGGCGAUGCUAUCGUCAUGGCAACUGGUUACAUGCAUGCGGAUCAUACCUUGCGGAAAGUAUUUGGAGACGAUUUCGUAGAGAAAUCAGUUUUCGGAGGGAACAUAGUCAAAGACAAUGAGCUCGUUGGGCUUUUUACUUGUAUUGGUCAUCCGGGAGCUUGGUUUAUGGCUGGUUCGUUUGCAUUUAAUCGUCCAGGAUCUUUAAACCUGGCAUUACAAAUUAAGGCAGUCGAGGUAGGACUCAAUCCUGCUCACUAUGCAUCUACCUAAGCGUU